UAAGUUAAAUAAACAAACAAACCCCUAAAUCUGAAAUUCGAAAUCCCCCGAUCCACCGCCAACCCUAGCUUCCUCUCGCUUCGACGGCGUAGCGUCGUUUCUUCUCAAUCUCAGUUUCGAUUCUCAGUCUGUAGUAGUUACAAUGAAGAAAGGAGCGAAGAGAAAGGGAGCUUCAAAAGCAGGUCGCAAAGGAGCCGUCGCGGAGAGUCAGAACGAUGAGGCGGUUGCCGAGUCUCUCGAGGCGUCGACGCAGGAAGAGAGCCAGCAACAGCCUACGGAAGCGGUCGCUGAGGAGAACGGGGAAGAGGCCGAGGGAGUAAAAGAGGAAGAGGAAGUUAAGCCGGAGGAGAAUCAGGUCGAUGUCGCUUCGUCUUCCGAGCCAAAGGAGGACGUUAAGGAGGAGGAGGAUGGAGAUGGAGAUAAGAAGAAACCUGCGGGUCGCGGUGGUGGUAAGCGAAAGAGGGCCACGACGAAGAAGGACAUCGAAGUGAAAGAAGAGAAGAAACCUGCUGCGAGAGCUAAGAAAGCUCGAGUGGCUAAACCACAGGAGGAGCCUGAGUACUUCGAGGAUGAGCGUAAUCUGGAGGGUUUAUGGAAGGCUGCAUUUCCAGUGGGAACUGAGUGGGACAAAUUGGAUGCAGUUUAUGAAUUCAAUUGGGAUUUCAAGAAUCUUGAGGAAGCAUUGGAAGAAGGUGGUUUGCUCCACGGGAAGAAAGUCUUUGUUUUUGGGUGCACAGAACCUCAGUUAGUCCCCUACAAAGGCGCAAACAAGAUUGUCCUUGUCCCGGCCGUUGUUGCUGUUGAAUCGCCCUUUCCACCUUCUGAUAAGAUAGGAGUCACUUCGGUUCAGAGAGAAGUGGAGGAAAUCCUUCCAAUGAAGACGAUGAAAAUGGACUGGCUUCCUUACAUUCCGUUUGACAAAAGAGGUAGACAAGUUGAUAGGAUGAAUUUUCAGAUUUUUGUUAUGACCUGUACGCAGAGGAGAGCUGCUCUCAGACAUAUGAAGGAAGAUCGUGUUAAGAAGUACGAGUACUGCUUGCCGUAUUUCUAUCAGCCAUUCAAGGAAGAUGAACUCGAACAGAGUACUGAAGUCCAAAUAAUGUUCCCCUCUGAACCGCCGGUUGUAUGUGAGUUUGACUGGGAGUUUGACGAACUUGAGGAAUUUGUGGAUAAACUGAUUGCAGAGGAAGCCUUAUCUGCAGAACAAAAGGAUGAGUUCAAAGAGUAUGUCAAAGAGCAAGUUCGAGCUGCAAAGAAAGCUAAUCGAGAGGCCAGAGAGGCUCGAAAGAAAGCAAUAGAAGAUAUGAGCGAAGAGACUAAGCAAGCCUUUCAAAGCAUGAAGUUCUACAAAUUCUACCCUCAGCCUUCACCAGAAACACCAGAUGUCAGUGGCGUCAAGUCGCCGUUCAUCAACAGAUACUAUGGAAAGGCUCAUCAAGUCCUUUGAUAUCUCAAAUCUUGAGAACCCCGGAAUAGCUUUUCUUGGCAGCUUCAAUAGAAAUCAAAACUUAUAUUUUUAAUCACAGGUGCCUCUCAGAAACUUUUUGAGCUUUAUUUAUAUUUAUAAAAAGGCAAGUUUGGACGACAAAAUGUACUUUUUACAUUUAUGAGUUUGUAUUCUCCUCCUAGAAAUACUUGAGAUCUUAGAAGAGUCACGGGAACCAACCUUUUUCGGUGGAAAUUUGGACACAACAAUUUAUAA